AUGACCACCGGGUCCGGGUUUGAGGAUGAGCGUAAUCCGCACAUGGCCGUGCAGGUUGGACGGCCAGGAGACGCGCCAAGCAUUAUUGAGAUCCAAGACAUGCUCUUUACUGUCUCUGGACCAACAGCAGGAGCCAUUCUCAUGCAGUGGAACGCCCAAGAAGCGACCAAAGGAUCUAUGGGAAUGUGGGAUUCCCAUUUCCGGGUUGGAGGCGCCGCUGGAUCCAACUUGCAGAUCCCAGAUUAUACAAAGAGCACAGGUUCUGUUGACCCCAAAUGCAAAGCGGCAUCCAUGCUUCUUCACUUGACGUCGGGCUCGACGGCCUACCUUGAGAAUACCCAGAUAAGUGUGUACGCAGCAAGAGGCAUCUUAAUCGAGAGCCAGCGAGCUUGGCUAUGGGCGACUUCAUCCGAGCACAGCACCCUGUACCAAUACCAGCUUACUAGAGCUAAGAACAUCCUCAUGGGCAUGAUCGAGACCGAGCCACCUUACUAUCAGCCUGUACCCAGAGCCCCUUCGCGUUUCCGCAUCGGCCACUUCCCCGACGACCCCUCUUUUCAAGACUGCAAGACUGAUCGCGUGGGUUGCUACAGCUCUUGGGCGCUACGCAUCAUAGAUUCUUCUGCCAUCUACGUACUGGGUGCAGGGCUUUACUCGUGGUUCUCCGACUAUGAUCAAAAAUGUGUCGAAGAGGACAAUGAGGCUCUUACUGAGUCCAUAUGCGGCAAGUCCUGUGGCAAGUCUCUCGCAGAUUGGUUCAACGGCGUCGAGGCAUGGUGCCAGGGGUACAACAUUUCUCGGCAGCUGCCCACGACACGGGGAGGACGCAUGUGGGCUGGAGUGAAUGAGACAUGCGUCAAGGAUAGCAAGACGGGAGAGUACUGCAAUGACAUCAUUGACAAGUUCACCGAGGUGGAUAGAAUCGACGAAAUGCCUCGUUCCGAAGACAUGCGGCAAACAUCCGACAACAUUUACCGCGCUAGUAAAGGCGAAAGUACCUGCGAGAAGGUUGCCUUGAAAAACAACCUUGCUCCUGCCGCCUUGUACAACCUCAACUCGGCCAUCCAUGAUUGCGGCAGUAUUCCUGCUGGUACUGAGCUCUGUCUCCCCCUCGCAUGCGCCAGACUCGUCAAGUACUCACAAAAGAGUAACUGCACCGCCAUCGAGAAGAACGAGGGCUUGAGUCCCGGCAGCUUGCGGAGACUCAACCCCUGGAUCAACCGCGAAUGCAGCAACCUAAACUCUGGGGGAAAUUCUUUUGGCCGGAUCCUCUGCGCAGAACCUCAAGAUGGAGAGAUGCCUCAAUUCGGAGCCGGCGAUGACACUGUCAUGACGCUUCUCAACAAAGGCCAUCAUCUUAGCCAUCAUUGA